AUGAAUACGUCGAGGAAGAACGACAAAACGAGGGUUACAAUCUUAUUUGAGGAUGCGGAGGACCUUCAGCAAAACUCCGUAAACGCACUGGAUAGUAUAGUGAUCAAAGGGCGAGGGCAGCUCGUUCAACGUCGAGCAACAUCAGAGCUCCCUCAUAAUAUAAACAAGAGCUUUAAAACACUGAGAAUAACAUGGAAAAGCCCUGAAAGUCCAGGUAUCAGUGCUAUUGCCCCUCCUUUAUCGAGCGGCUUGAACAUCUAUGUUUCCGGGGAUUCAGAACGCACACCUGGAGCUAUACGCUCUGCAAAGUACGAUUUACUGCACUCUAAUGAUUAUGAUGAUUCUUUGAUUAGUCGUUUUUUACCAAAAGACUUCAAUCUAACCGAGCUAAGGUUGAAGGAUAGGGACUACGACAUUGUGGUGGAUGAUAAAAUUCAUGUGAACGAAUACUAUGCAAUUAAGGAUGGUUUCAAUGAAACGCUCAGAUACGAAGAAGCGUAUGGUAGGCUAGAAGUUGGCUUGUUUUUCGCUGAGCCAAGUGACCAGCUUGAUGCAAACCUGAACGGGCUCCGGUGUACAUGGUCCUUUACGGGUCAAAUUGACAAAUGCCAGAAGACAUAUCUUUUUUAUCAGCAGGCACACAAUAUGUCCAUAAAUUCUACCACUGUUGUAGAACAGGUCGGCCCAGUUGGGCUUCAUCCUACAGUUAGGGUUGAUCUCCGUGGAGAGACCUCUUCUGAACAUUGCAGGCAUUUUAUGUACCUCGCAGCUCCGACGGGCCUCUUCAUCGACAAGUUCCAGUCAUCUCCGAUAUUUGUUGCUGGGGCUGAUGAUUUAGAAUUGCCUGAGUACAAAAUAGGCGACGACACUUGGGGUUUUGAAUCACUUUUUUCCUUGAAACCAGGGCAGCUCAACGAUAUUCAGUUGCACACUAGAUAUGUAAAGCCUCGGGCUCGGGGCGGCUUCAAGCAUAUUCAUUACAGUCCAAUAGUGUUUCGAGCGUGUGACACCGGUAAUAUGGAAGUUCAGAACAACCCUUUUUAUACGCGGAGUUUGGGUCUUGAAUCAUUUUUCACAAAUGACACAGUAUUUCAACAUUUUCACAGCGCGACCCUUAGCGUGUCUGUACCAGCUGCAAAUACUAAUGAUUUUCAAGCUGUAUGGCUUGUGACUUCCAUGUGCCUCGUCCUUUCAGUUGCGUAUUUACUGAUCAAAGUAUAUACAAGACAAAACAGUCAAAGAUAA